AUGAAAUCGUUUCUCGCCAAACUGUUCCCCUGUUUCUUCGCCGGCGAGCAGCAUAUUUGCGAUCGGCUGCCGGAAGAGCUAUGGACGGAGAUCUUCGGCAGACUACCGUCCAGCUCUUUGUUGCAGUGCCUCUUGGUCUGCAAGUCAUGGCGCCGUUUCAUCACAAGUCCCUCUUUCGUUUCCAGUCAACUCGCCAAAACCCUGCGACCUUCGACUGCCGGCGACGGCCGUCGCCGACCGCUUCUGCUCUGCUAUUCCGAAGGCGGAAAUAAGUUCUCCUUGCGCUUCGACGACGACGGUAAUUUUGCUCUCCUCUCAGACGCCCUCGUCCCUCCCGUGGCAGCGUUUUCUACGCUCGGCGUCGUCAACGGAUUGGUGUGCCUUCGCAAUCGAAGUAGCCUCAUCCUCUGGAACCCUAAUAUUAGCAAAUUCUUGACUCUCCCGCCACCUCGAAAACAGGAGCCCGAUCUCUCCAGUCAAAUCAAGACAAUGACCGGGUUCGGAAUCGGUUCUGGCGCCGACGAUUUCAAGGUUUUGACGGUUGCGGCUGCGUCGUCCUCCGGAGGCAAGAUUACCCCCCUCGUCUCCGAUCUCUAUUCGCUUAGAACAGGGUCGUGGAAGAGCAUACGUUCUGGUACCCUCAAUUACGAGCUGAUACCUUAUCAGGAGAACAAUCUUGCUUUUGCGAGCGGGAGGCUUCAUGGGAUCGUCCAAACAGAUGGGAAGUCGAGGAAUUUGGUAUUGGUGUUUGAUUUGAGAACUGAAACGUUCGGUGAGAUCAUGCUCCCCAAGUGUUUGACGAAAGUCCGAGCUUCUGAACUGUGUGUGAAGGCUUUUGGUGACUCGUCCACGAUAGCGGUUGUCAGGAGUGAGUGGAAAGUGCUUUCAGUGGAACAAGUUUUUCGCAGAAUGGUUACGAAUUUUGAAAUAUGGGUGAUGGGCAAGUAUGGAGAAGCUGGAUCAUGGGACAAGGUGUACGAUGGCGUCCCUUUCCCGGGCGGUGGCCCGGCCUCGUUGCUGUCUUUCAGGAGGAAAGACGAAGCUUUCGUUGCAGUGGGCACGACGAGCGUGUUUACAUUGUUGGAACUAAAGGGCAGAAGCCAUAGAAUGGUUAGAGAUCUGAGUGGGGUAAGAACAAUGCCCUCCUUUAUUGAGCCUUACGUAAAGAGCUUGGCAUUGCUGGACAAAGGAAAGGGUAUCGACCUGAAUCGAUACCCCAGAAGGCCAUCGUGGAUUAGCUCUGCAGCUAGUUGGUGUCUCGAUCAUCUACGUGCAUUACUGAUGUUGCCGAUGAAUGCGAUCAAGGCGUUGGGAGGCUUCUUUCUGGCGAUCAUCGAAAUUGUUUGUGUGGUUCUAUGUUCGGAUCCCGCUUGCUUUGAGGGAUGUGUUGGGGCAUGUUUACAAGCAUGCGUCGAAGUUUUAUUGACAGCUAUUUUCGAGGCCUGUUGUGGUCCAUUAUUAGAUAGUAUGGAGAAGCAGAGUCGUGGGACAAGGCCUUCGGCGGCCACUCAGUUCCCGAACUUCAGAAGCAGAGUUUCUGCUAUUGUGAGCGUGUGUUCAACGAUGGAACAGAGCAUAGUUGGGGAUAUGGGUUUGUUAAGCAUAGCGCCCUACUUCUCUGGCAAGUACGUAAGGAGCCUAGCAUUGCUCGACAAAGGAAAGGGUAUCGAUCUGAAUCGAUACCCGAGAAAGCCAUCUUCUUGGUUUAGGACUGCGACUAGUUCGUGUCUCGUUCUCCACAUGGUGGUGUUGCUCAUGAACGUGAUCGUGGCAGUGCGAGGCUUUGUUCUGGACUGCAUCAAAGGUGUUGUUGUGGUUCUAUGCGAGGAUCCCACUUGCUUGGGGGAAUGUUUUGAAGCAUGCGUUUAA